AUGCGCGUGGGCUCAUCGGGGUCCCGGGUGGGGACUGGCCGGUUGGCCCGCUUCUCCCAGAGCAGCAUCCGGGCCAAUGGGGCAGCCGCUGGGACUGUCAGCUCGGCUGGCGGUGCCCCACUGACGAGUGCUGAUCCGUUGGCCGGCGGCCGGGCGGUGAAGCAUCGAUUCGAGAUUGUGAAGAAGCUGGGAUCGGGUACCUACGGGAAAGUGUCACUCGCUUAUGAUCACAAAAUGGACAGAGAGGUGGCCGUGAAGCUGAUCAAAAAAUCGGCCAUCGAGAACAAGGCGGAUCUGGUGCGGAUUCGGCGUGAGAUUCGGAUCAUGUCGGCGCUAAAUCAUCCGAAUAUCAUCCAAAUCUUUGAGGUGUUCGAGAACAAGGAGAAGAUCAUCCUGGUGAUGGAGUACGCGAACGGGGGUGAACUUUACGAUUUUGUGUCGUCGAAAGGGUCGCUGCCGGAAGCGGAAGCGAGGCGGAUAUUCCGGCAGAUUACGUCGGCCGUCUUGUACUGCCAUAAGCACCUCGUCGCGCAUCGAGAUCUCAAGCUCGAAAACAUCCUCCUCGACGAGCAGGGCAACGCGAAAAUUGCCGACUUUGGCCUGUCGAAUUAUUUUGCCGACAAGAACUUGUUGACGACGUUUUGCGGGUCUCCCCUCUACGCAUCACCCGAGAUCAUCAACGGGACACCUUAUAAAGGACCGGAAGUUGAUUGCUGGUCGCUGGGAAUUCUUUUAUACACGCUCGUCUACGGGUCAAUGCCAUUCGACGGACGUGAUUUCAACCGGAUGGUUCGCCAAAUCAAACGAGGAGCAUAUUAUGAGCCGGAGACGCCGUCUACUGCCUCAAUGCUAAUCCGAAACAUGCUGCGGGUGAAUCCAGAGCGAAGAGCCACAAUCUUCGAUAUUGCUUCCCACUGGUGGCUGAAUUUGGAUGAGGGCAUGCCGGUUAUUCAGGAGCUACCUGAGAAUCAGAUCACUGACCACACCCCACUGACUGAAAGAGCAGAGACGAUGGUGGUCCAAGAUCUAGCCGACGAGACGGACGUCUUCAUGGAGUUCGGCCAUCUCUCCCAUGAGACGAGGAGAAAGAUUGAGGAAUUCAGGAGGAGAAGGAAGGAGGCUGAGGAAUAUAAUGAUGCCUGCCCGGUUAAGCCGCCGAAGACCCGAAAAACGGAGAACGGUGUCACGACGGAGGAGAUGAGGAGCGACGAGAAGAGCCUCGUCGGCAGAAAGGAGGAGAAGAAUGAACUCUUUGACGAUCCGCUAGAGAGGCUACGACAGAUCGAGAAUAAACUCUCUGGAAAGGGAUCGGCUAGGCGCGUCUCCAAAGUCGAGGAGCUGAAGGACGAAGAGCGAGCGACACCAUCAAGUUCGACCCCUCGUCGAGAUUCCUGGAAAGGUGGAGCCCCAGCCUUCAUCGGUCGCGAUGUUUCUCCUCCCCCGGCUGCUCCUCCCCCAGCCACCACAUCCUCGACGACGAUGAGGGCCGGCUCGGGGUGGAGGCUCGAGACCGACUCGUUGAAUGUGUUGAUGAACCAGGUGCUCGAGCAGAUGGAGAAGGGCCCUGUGAGUCUGAAUAUGGUCACCAGAAUCAAGGCCCAUCCCCUCUACGAUCAUCGGCCCAUGGUCAAGGAGUUGCUCGAAUCGAUCAUUGCCACCCAGCCACAUAGUGUAGCCGAAAAGAUUGCACAUCAGCCGACCAGCCCGGUCAAGCCGAAGCCCACGACUUCGGCGAGUGGGAAGAAGAAGCUCCAGACGAGACCGUGGAAUAGCGUCGAGGUCGGCUUCGACGAAGAUGUGGCCCUUGAGCAGCCACACGCCAGCGUCGUCAAGAAGGAGAAGACGGGAAAGAUAUCUCCAGAAGAAGGCGACAGCGAGGAGGAAGAAUAUUCCGACAGUGAGCUCGAGGAGUUGGCCGAAGAGGUGGAGCAGGAACUACAGGAACCCACCCAUAUUCAGGUCGAAAAAACGGCUCCUGCCCCGGCUACUGUACCCCCAAAGGUGGAGGUGGUGGCCGAACCCGCACCCCCAGAUCCGGUCCUCGCUUCGGGUCCCGCCGCGGAGGUGCCGCCUGUCGACCCACAAUUCCUUGACGCCUUCGAUCGAGGGCUCAUCAAGAGGCAGUCAAAGGGAAAAUAUCAGAAUAUGAUGGCCGAUCUAUAUGGGCGGGGAAUGGUAUUGGAAGAGCCAGAUCUGCCACGACGGAGAAUUAUUGGCGGUCCCCAGCCUACCCGCGAUCUUUCGCCACUCCUCUUUGACAAGGCCAAAAAGUACAUCAUGACGUACCCGAACGUGGCCGGAGACGGAAGUGAGGGAGAGGAGCUCGAGAAUGGAGAGGGGAAGAAGAAAAAGAAGAAGAAGACCCAGGCACCGCCGUGGAGGGGAGUGGCUGCACAUUCAAGAUCACCGUCGCCGACAAGGGGGUGUGCCGGUUCGGUCCCGCCGCGAACCCCUCCACUCCUCAAAAGUGAUACGGAGGAAGAAACCGAUGAGGAUGAGGACGAGGAAGAGGAGGAGGAAAAACCCCAACCUGCUGCUCCUCAAAAACCGGCCUUCACCUCCCCGACUCAGGCCCCUACAGCUACCAAUGGAACCGUCGAAACAGCACCAAAACCCAUGCAGGGCAAGUAUAUCGUCACCGUAGCUGAGCUGAAGUCCCCGACGAGCAAAUACGCCCCGACCACCAACGGCCACCCGGCGGCUGCAAAGCCCGCAGCUGCGCCGUCGACCGUCGCUCCAGUAGCCAUCGAGCCGAAAGAGUACAACCCCGUACACUUGACCGCCGGCUCCCGUCUCUCCGUUGAGGGGCCAAGUGGCGGUGGGGCAAUUGGUGGUGGUACUGUAGCGGGUACAGUAGGAAAUGGUCCCACCACGGCCAGUCGGCCACGACCCCAGGCAUACACCCGGAGAGCCAUCUCCUCCGUUGGGGAAACGGCCGAUCUGGUGGCCCACUAUCUGGGCAGGGCCCAGGCUAAGGAGAAGGAGAAGGAAAACGUCGAAUCGCCGGAGAAGGACGAUGAGGCCGGCAAGGAUAAGGCCGGAAAGCACUCCUGGGAAUCGGCGGCUGCCUAUAUCCGGCGGAAAAACCGCGAGCGCCGCAUCCGGAACCGGACGAUUGGCGAUCCGGAGGAUGUGCUACGGGCGCUGAGCGGUGUGGAUAUCGCUGGCAGCGAGAGCCGAGGCGACUACUCGUCCACUUCGAACUACAGCGCCGGCACCGGGUAUACGCCGAGCUAUAUGGAUCGAGCCACGCGCGCUACCAGGGACUACUCGCCCGAACGUGAUUACGGUUAUGGGACCCGCGGCGGCACCUCCACUCAUGCCACUCCUGCCAGCUCAAGGAAAUAUGAUGAGGACCCUUCAACGGCUCCAUGGAACGUCAACAGGUUCGAGGUGUACCGCCCACUGAGCGGUGUUCGUUCCCGCCUGGUCACCCCCGAACUCUCAGCCGUCUCCGAGCACCCAGCCGGCGCCUAUUCCUCAUCCAGCUAUGGCUAUGGUGGCUAUGAGCGCGACUCGCAUCUGGAUCGCGAGAGCCUCGGACGGGACGAUAAGCCGAGGAGCAUCCUAAAAAACAAGAAUGACGUCGAGCCGGCGUCAAGCGUCGGAGGGGUCCGGGGCGUCAUCGAUCGGCUGAGACGGCAUUUGAGCCUCGAGAAGACGCAGAGCCCUCCGCCGGUUGCAUUCCCAAGCAGCGAUGCAGCCAAGAUGAAGAAGCGUUCAUCGAUCGACAUGAACCGACGGAAGACGAGCGAGCUGCGGCUUGGAGAUGGCGGCACCAUCACCACAAUUGGGUAUUCGGAGGCGUCUAGCGGCUACAAGCGUGCCAGUCCUCCGCGCGAUACAAAGGGAUUAUCCUGGCGGACCGAACCGUCGACCACAUCUACCGAUUAUCCCUAUUUGGGGGCUAGCUCGCGCUACGACACGGGCACGAGCAGCACGGCCGACAAGUACGGCGUGGGCAGCAGCAGCGGCUACACGUCGAAACUGUCGACGACGGCGAGCGCGUCUCGGGACCCGCCCUACGUGCCCCAAUAUCGCAAAUAUCCGGGUUCCUCGACGGGCCGCGACUCGUCGGCCCUCAAUCGCUACUCGUACACGCCGGGGGCUACGCAACGCUACACCUGGUACGAUGACCCCAAUAUCUAC